UUAACUAACGACUAGGCUUAAUUUAAUAAAAGUAAACGAUUUUGUGAUGGCAAUAUCCUACAUGAUCAUAAAAUGGCAUCAAAGUUGUUCAAUUCAAUUUAUAGAUCACAACUAGUCUUUGCUAGUUGUUUUUAGCACAAAAUCGACGAUGAACAUGAAACAACUUGUUUUAAUGUAAGUCACCUCUGUUACCGAAAAUACCAUAAACAAGAAAAAGCUUCAAAGUCGAUGGUUUUCAGCACGUUUUAGGCCAAAUGUCAUUUUCUUUUUUAAAUUUGUCAGGAGAUUAUCAACUCUAUUGCAUUCGACUCAGUGCUUAUUAUUGCCGCCCAAAAAUAUUGACGACAAAAACUUUUAACGUUAUGUUGUCUAUUUUCAAAUCAUACAACUUUAAAGUUGUAAACAAAACAAUGUAGGAUUUUCAUUUUACCUUUUCACCGUCAUAAUUCUGCUGAAUUAUGGCUAAUACUGAAAUUCUGUCGCUCUACAUUAAGAAACUAGGUCAUCCCCUAAAGGAAAUCCGCGAGCGUUCUCUUCUGCUGCUGAUAGCAAAGUUAAAACUGGGCUGGGAACUAGACGAUGAGUUGUCUGGUUCUAGAGAACUGCUGGAGGGUCUUCUAGCCUGGUUCCAUACUCCUCAGCAAUCACUACAAAGCGAAGCACUCGAACUACUUCUAACAACUAUCAAGACAAAAGCUGGCACUUAUAUAGUCAAAGAGUUUGGUAUAGAAACUAUUUUGUCUGACUUGAACAAGAUCAAGCAUAAAAUUGAUGUAGAUGCGCAAGAAAUUUAUGAAGAUGUUGUUGAGACGCUGAAGUUCAUAAAUACAGUUGAAUCUGAAGUCCAAGUGACUGUCCCAAGGCUAACAUUACCUGAAAACACAGGUUCGGAAAGUGAUGGAGGUUCAAGCAGUGGGUAUUAUCACAUUGGUAAAAAUUUCAUGUCUUCCAAGGCAACAUCAAUUUCUAAUGAUGAGACCGACAUCAAUAGAUACGGGAAUAUAAUUACGUCAGAGAGUGUAAGAAUACUGCUCUUCCCUUGGGUAGACCUCUGCCAGUCUGACAAGAAGACCCUUCUUCUAGUAGAAGAUGCCUUAAGGUUAUUGAAGUCUACUAGACGAUGCUGUAGGUUUAUACGCGAUGUCUUCCUUCGUGAUUUUCCAGCUGAAAUCUUCUUGAAUAGACCUGAAAUUAUUAAGAGUUUAUUGACGAUUGCCGAUGGGAACCACGGCGGACGACCCGGUGAAGCUUUAUUUGUUUUGCUGUACAUAUCACGCUCUCUGCGUAUGAGAAUUAUGCAGCUGUCUUCCUUAGAACUGAUACACGAAACGAAUAAGAUUUCAGAAGAAUACAGAGAUGUCGUAGACGAAGGAGUGAACAUGGAGUUGCAAGAGAUAGCAGGUGAGAGAUACCCGCGCACUCCGCUGGAGGACGACGGGCUCAUAGUGCUGAGACAACUCCCCGCGCCGCUGUUCGCGCUCGACACGCUACACACCGUGCUCGCGAUGAUGGCCAGAAGUGUAAUCUUGACCGACCCGGUCGGUAAAACAGAAGUCUUGGAUAUGAAGGAGUUAAACACUUGUAUGUGUUUAGUGGAGAGCCUUGUUGAUUUGUUACUGGAUUGUGUGAACGAAUGCUUCUGGAGCGUAGAUCAUAAUGCAAAGACGUACAGAGAUAUAUCGCACAAAAGCUGUAUGGUCAUGCGAUUAUUUGGAGAUCUGUUAGAUAAAUACAGAAAAUCGUUCUUCGAUGACACUAACAGAUGUCUCCACCGUGUCGCUUGGCUGCGGCUUGUGGUGUGUGCAGAGAAACUCCUGAAUUGGGCUCGUGACUCGGCUCUGCCUCCUACUUCACUUGUAAAUGCUUUACAAAUAGCUCAGUUGGACCCAGCUAUUGACCUCUUCUACCCAGAAUUGUGUAAGAAAGUUGAAUUAGUUUUACAGAACACCAGAAUAACUGUCAACAAGGAAUAUAAGAGCAAGUACAGAGAGCUGAAAAAACUAUUCGCAAGCAUGGAUGAGGCCGUCCAGUUCAUGAAAGACAAACAGUCUCAUAAAAAUAAAAAAGUUUUAACUUGCAUUAAGAACUCCUUGCCUGUUAUAGAGCUGUUCCAAAGUGAAAACUUUUUGGCUGAAAUCUCGGAUAUAUUACUCAAUAAGACUAAGGAUUUGGAUUUGAAAGACACUGAUUGGUCGAUUGGUAGAAGUAUAGCCCUUCAUUUAAUGACACACAAUUUGGAAUGGGUGCAAAAGAAGUUUUACAAGUUGUUGGCAGGAAUGGUCAAGUCUAUUUUAGUGGGAAAUGAGACUUAUCAGAGCGAAAAUGAGAAAUCUCUCACAUUGUUAUGUGAUGUAGGGAUAUUGACUGAGAUAUGUUGUCAUGGUUUAUCUUCAAAGUUGAAAGAGGUGGAAGAGAGUGCGUCGGACAUAAUGUUGUACCUGCUGCGCGGGCGGCUGGUGCUGAGCGAGUCCUGCUGGUGGCUGCUGCUGGCCUGCGUGCUGCCCGUACUGCCGCUGCUGCAUGUGUACGCCGCACACGACACACAGCUGGGCAAGGCUAUCUGCAAGUCUCUGGAGCCAGACAUAGCGGACUGUAUGGGGGUGUCUACAGCAGAUAUGACGUCCGGUCUUAUUCGUCUUUUGUUUGUUAAAUGCGUGGCCGUACAACUCGAUGCAGCUCAUCAACUUUGUCGACUGCUGGAUGACGAGAACUAUCUACCUCCAAAGGAAUCUCUACGUGCUGAUGUCUUGUUGAGUGCUUUACGCAGAGUUAAGCCCCAAGAAUUCAACAUUGACAAUUCGAGUUCAACGUCUAAAAUACCGCAGACAACAGGACUGACUCAAAUACUAGACGUAUUAAAACAAGACAUUGUUCUCGACGAUCACGACGAGUACGUAUCGCGCCAGACGAUACAGCCGACGCUCGAGCCGUCCUUGCGACGUAGCACGUUGCAGCAACUCGCGGUCAUAAUGAGGCAGCAAGAGCUACACGAUGCGUUCCUACAGUAUGAUGGAUUGAAGGUUAUUGUUGCUACUCUUAGAAUGUCGCUGACUGUGGAUGAUUAUCUGGCAUUUCCGGAAUGUGCAAUCAGUUGCGUAUCCGUAUUGAAUAGUGUGUGCUUUAUGACACGACACGUCUUAGCCAAAAUUAACUAUUUGCCGUCACUAUUGCUUAGAGUGAUCUUAGUAUUCCCCGCCAACGACUCGUGCGUACUGAUGUGUUCGCAAGUGCUAGCCCUGGUGUCGUGGUCGGGCUUCGCCCUACAAGAGCUGGACGCGCAGCGACACCGCGUGCCCGCCCUGCCGCUCAGCGUCACUGUGAGGACCGCCCUGCCCUUUACUGCCAACGGGUACUGGGCCACUAGUCCCAAUGCUGAACAUUCUCAUAUAGAAUGGCUUUUGGCUGAUGAGGAAUGGCGGUCAGCGAUCCGGGUUCGCUGGUGGUGUGCCAACUCUGGCCGCUCUCGACUCCUGACUGAAGCCCCACCGGUGUCGCCACUAGCGCUAAGGCCCGCCCCUAGAGACCUCGACGCACUGAGAGCCGCCUGCCCUAUCUUCAGCUGCACUAAAGCCCUCCUUAGCCUACAGAAUGCUACAUCACACAGACAAGUUACCGAAGCGCUUUAUAAAUUGGAGAGCUACGUUUAUUUAGUACCCUUAUCGAGUGCAAGUAGAAAGGAGUUUAGUUCGUUGCCAUGGCAACACACGCGAAGAUUCCUGGAUUCACCUCCUGCCUCGACUCGCGACACCGCACUGCUUUGCACCCUAUUGCACUUCGUCGUCAUGUAUAUGGAUAAUGUUCCGAAUGAGGAUGGUACUAUGAACUGGAUAAAAUCAUCAUUUAUUGGAAACAACGCCCACAUAAUUUCGUUACUGAGUCGAGACGAGUUCUAUCUUCAACAGUCGGUCCAGGAAGCCAUUGAAGUCACCCAGUUACACAUACAUAUAGUGAAGGUGUUACUACGAUGUAUAAUGAUGUUAGAAAACUGGGAAGACUACGACAGCCUCAAGUUAGAAAGUUUACUCAAAAUAUUACUAGCCUGUUUGGAGAAGAUCGACUUGAGAAAUUUUCAUAUUCUAGGAUAUCUAAACGAGUUGAUGCGCUGUAUAAGAUACGCUCUUAACUCCCGUUACUGUAAGCUGUCUGAAGAUACCCUACUGCAUAGUUUGCGACUAGUCACGAGGACGUUAAGUGGGUGUGCCUCGGGCGGUGGGUGUAAAGGUCAAGCGUGUAGGCUAGAUGCUGUCCUGUCGUUGUUGGCGCUGUUGAAGCAAAUACACGAUGAGGCUAUACCAGUUCAGCGAUGGAGCGAAACCUUCAACAGCGAUGUGGUACGUCUAAUAGUGAAGUGCACGAGCGGCGCCCGCCCCGAGCUCCGCGCCGCCGCCUUGCAGGUCGUUGUAGCGUUAGCACACUACGCGCAACUGAUGCCGCACUUGAUGCAAGCUAUACAACAUUCGUCGCUGUCGCAGUUCGCGGUGAAUAUAUUUUGUCAACGCGGAGAGGCGAAUGUGGUGCGUGCCGCCGCCGCUGACCUGCUCGCGUCUAUUGCUUCAAGAGCUUCACCGCGAUCUGAUAUUUUGGAGUGCGAUGUUCUAGAACAGCUCAACGAAAAUAACUUCUCAGAGAACUGUUUGGAAAUACUCGUCGACUUCUGCAACGCUAAAGAUUAUAAACAAUCAUUUGAAGCGAAUGUGUCGCUAGGUCUGUUGGAGCGUCGGAGUGAGUUGGAGGUGCGUGCGCGCAAAAGUGGGGAGGAGUGGUACGAGCCGCUGUCGCAGGCGUCCCGCCCCCCGCCCACUCCCGCAUUGCUCACCGCAGUCGCGGACGCGCUGCACAAUGUUAGCGCCUUCAACAACUGUCCCGUCCUGGACUGGAAUGAAGAAGGACUUUACAGACUUUUGUUCAGGGUUUCGAACCCAAAGAUGCGCGUCGUGGUCGUGUCCCCCCCCCGCGCAUGCCUCCCCGCGCGCGCCGCGUCCUGCCGCGCGCUGCGCGCCGCCGCGGGCCACGCCGCCGUGCGCGCCGCGCUCGCCGCCACCAAGGACUGCCUCUACAACUUGCUCAUGUCGCUCACGCCGUUCGGGGAAGAUGAGAACGAGCUGAGUCUAGUGGCGCGAGCGCAGGGCAUAUCUUUCCUGGCGUCGCUGUUGUCUGAGAAGGCAGCCAGCGACUGCGUGUGGCGGAGCCUCCGGGAGACCUCCUCUACAGACUUCUUCCAUUUACUGCUGCAGUGUUUGGAAAGUGACGAAAUUGAACUCCAGGAUGCGGCCUUAUACUGCCUCACACAGCUAACACAAUCGUUGACCCACAAGAAACACGCUGACAAGACACGAGACGACACUUACUCGGAGUACUACGACAACUUGAAGUCGCCUUUCUUUAGUGAAUAUCAGAAUGAAAACUCUGGCGCUGGUGACAGGGUCCCGAGUACCGAUUGUCAACCGGAGUACCUCGCCGAAGAAAUAUGUAAAUCUCUCAUCAGUCUCUACCAGAAGCUGUCAAUGGAAAAUAAGAAGCAUGAACUUAGCCAAGACGAGCGCUGGAUACAAGUGUGUUCGUGCCUGUCGUCCGUUCUGUCGGUGAGCGCGCGCAGUCGCCAGUACGCGAUACACCGCCACCUGCCGCGGCUACUGCUGGCCACGCUACAAGCCAUCAGAGACCAUCUCUCCAUGCACGGGAAACCGGCUGAGGUUAUCAAACAUGCUAAUAAUAGUCCGGUGCUUCGUUCGUUGUACUGGUUGCUGGUGGUGAUAGACUGUUCCAUGCUGGGCAGUCGGGCCGCUAAGGAUACGUACGUGAGUGACAACCUGACCGUGUCCCUCAACAGACUGUGGCCCUGGUGUAUGAUGACGGAGCAGCUGCGACUUGCUGUUCUGCAUCUACUGUGCACGUUCACUAAUGAUUGUCCUAAAGCAUGGGGAGCGAUGUGCAUGUGCGUGGGCGGCAGGACCCUGGUGGGUGAAGUGUGUGCGCUGAGCGCUCGCGAGGCGUCCUCUGCGAAGCCGCGCGCUCACGGCGCGCUACAGCUGUGUCUGCUGACGCUGCGGCGUCUGCUGCCGCAUCACCACUGCCGCGCAAUAUUGCUCAAGAGCGACGUGUUGUCGAGCAUGUACCGGCUGUGCGUGCGGGCGCGCGUCCGCGGCGCGGGCGCGGCGUGCGGCUGGUGGGCGCGCCUGUGCGAGCGCGCGGCGCGCGGCGCGGAGGGCGCGGGCGCGCUGCUGGCGCUGCCGGGCGGCGCCGCGCCGCUGGCCGCGCUGCCGCCGCCCGCGCGCGCCCGCCUCAUGCCCGCGCUCGCGCACGCCGCGCACCACCACAGGGGCAGCUUCCUGCAGUCUGCUGAGUUAUUGGAGCUAAUGGCGGGCACACUCCUGGCCGGCGACACUGCCGAGGUCGUGUCUGCAGCACGAGCAGUGUGGGCGUUGGCUGCUAAUAAUCACAAGGCCAAACUAGUGUUACGCUCAGCGGGCGUGGCGGCGGCAGUCCAGACAUCCUUGCAGCGGCUUCGCUCCGCGCCCCCUGACCCCGCCACACAGCGCGCCCUGCAGCUACUCACCUACACCAAUACCGUGCUACAGGCCACGUGACCACAGCCUUGCAACCCAUCUACUUGAUCUUUCUUCUACGUUAUUUGAUCUCACACUAGGGACACAAGAAUGUAUUCAAUAUCUAUGUUUAAUAUGACGAAUAAGAUGGACUGGCUAGUCGAAUAGAAAGUACGCGCAAAUGGAUCGAGCAUGUCCUUCUCCAGUAAGCAUUACGGAUAUAGAAAUGAACCGCGAAUGAAACGGACAUAAAAUAUGUUUCAUUUAAAAAUUGAAAAAUCAGUGGUCAAUUACGGUAUUUUUGCAAGAUGCUGUGGGUCUAGUUAACACCCUGUACUGGAGUUAAAUAUGAUCUCUGUUAUGAACUACACACCGUUGUAACAUACACCAGUAUACCUAGAACAAUAUUUAUAAUAUCAUCGUAACUACGAGCUCAGUCAUAUGAUCCUGAUAAUAAAGUUUGUGAAUUUUAUGAUGUUAUGCAUUUUAAUCUCAUGUUUAGAUGAUUUGGUUGUUGCCAAGUCACAUGACCAGUAUAUCCCCAACGGUCUGUGAGAACCGCAAACCGCAUGUUGUGAUAGUUAGAUGAAAGUAUACGGUUCCUUAUAUUGUAAUAAGUAAAUUAUUUGUGACUGAUUUGUGAGACGAGUUUGGAUUAACGAAUGUGUUUAAAUAAAAAAGUAAGUAUAGUUAAAUAAAUUUACUACCUGAA